GAUCAUAAAGGAAACCCCAAGCCUGAACAUGAAUGGCCAUCAGAAAUCGUUUGGAAAGGGCUGUUCCCCUGUCUCUUUUCUCACUCAUCAAAUGAAUCACAGCCGCAAAGGCAACAGGUUGGUCAUCAACUUUGGAAAAAGAAAAUCGAGUAUACUAUUUCCUGAGUUUGGUUAUUUCUUGAAAAAAAAAAACUGAAAAAAACACCAUUCCGUUUAAAAAAGUAUGGUGUUUCUUCAGCUUUUCAGCAGUUCACUUAUUAUAAACUGAAACUAAGGGAACAUGAAAUGUGUUUUGAAUCAGUAGUUUGAGGCUGUUUUUUUUUCUAGUCGCGAUUUCAUAAAAACUGAGUCAAAUCAAAACAGUGCAGUUGAAUAUAAGUCUUACUAACAGUAACAAGUUAUUUCUGUGGUCUUAGACUCUUAUCUCACUUCUUUUAAGAAGUGAACUAAGUCAUACCGAAACCGACGGUUCUCUUACAACGAUGGCUUUUAAUUGUGGAAGUUACUGUCCGAACAAUAUUGCAACGGACUGCAAUCCGUUUUGGAAAUACCUCUGGUUUUGGAAACAACCUGAAGUUUUCUUCAUACGUUUUUUACCGUUCGGGAAGUCGAUUUAAUCGUGCACUUUGAAAAAACUUGCUGAUUUUCGUACGUGAAGUUUAUACAAGCCGGGAGAAAAUGUGGAUCUUUGAGAUGUUUAUUGACUUGCAAAUUUCACCGCUAUCGCUGUAGUAGAGCAUUUUUACGCAUUUUAAGCGAACAUGGAGCUUGAGGCUUGGAACAAAACAGUCAACAGUAGACUGAGGUUCUGUCUUUGUAUAGUCUUGUUUUCAUUACUAACAGAAGAGCUUCUUUUUGCUCAACCAUCUUAUUGGCUCAUCAACUCUUAGCCUGUUUGAGGGGUUCAGAUAGUGGAAAGUGCCACUCUCCACUAUCUGAAAGCCUGGAACAGGCUCUGAUCAACUCUUGUUUUCUUUUACCACUCGCACAGAUUCCUGCAGAGACUCCCCUCAGUAUUCACGACUCACCAUUCGCCGCUGACGAUCAAGACACCGUGGGAAGAACAUUUUCAGCGCUUCCUGAUCCCGCCGGUAAGGUUUCUUGUCCCCAGCCCCCGCGGCGCCGAGUUCCCUACCUUCCCAAUCACAGAUGUAACAAAACCUAUUGGCGAUUAACACCCUGAGCACUAAUAAGAAGUUGUACAUAAGUUCGUUGCGCUCAAAAGUCAGUUUUGGUUUGUGAUAUUGCCUUCUUCUUAAUAAUUGCGGUGUAGACCUGCGACAAGUUGCUGUUGUCACAUUCUGUCCGUAAUUUUGAUGAAAGAAAUCGGACGUCAAGGACUAUGUUUAUUCAUUAGUUUGUUUAUAGACCAAAAAGGUUCUCUACGCAGUACUACCCGGCAUAAACAAUUAACGCGCCUGGCCUUGCUGCCAUAUACAGAAACGAAAAGUAUGUUAGAACAGUCAUUGAGGAAGUUUAAAAGGAAAAGAUCCUGUUCCGAUGUACACAUUUUCCGGUGUUACCUAAAGUGAUCGAUGUUUGCACUAAUGAUGAUUUAAACUUACGUAGUAAAACGAGGGGGCAUAACAUUAAGAAAGGAUAAAUGUUCUAGAAGUCUAUUAGUCUGAAAUCGAUGGUUUCCUUUAUACAUUAUGGGACGUGGUAUCCUUAUUUCUUCUUUAAGCUGAUCCAAUGUUAGCAGGGCCAUCCAUUCCUACUCGUGGGAUGCUAAUUUCUACCUUUCUUUCCUUAACAGCUGAUCCAAUGUUAGCAGAAGCGACUAUUCCUACAGCGCAUGGAUCCAGCCACGGUCUGGUACCUCAAGUUCAGUAUUCAGAGCAUUUUUCCUCACCAGAUAUCCACACCUAUCAUCACAGUGCCCCAUCCACCAUCUUUACACCUGGAGAAUCCUUGUCUACCGAUCCGCAUCUCAUCAGUGGUCCUGGCCCUUCUACAGUCACACAGGACGAGCCCAUUGAUGAGGUAAUGAUGCCGGACAAGAGCGAUGGGCCCGAUUCAUUU